AUGAGAUUUAAAAUAGAUGAUUUGCCUGUGUUAUUUCCUUAUCCAAGGAUAUAUCCAGAAACCCUCGAUGCGGGUGGCCAUUGUGUCCUGGAAAUGCCGUCAGGAACCGGCAAGACCGUGUCACUGCUAUCUCUCAUUGUUGCGUACCAGCAGCAUAUGCCCGAGAAGCGAAAGCUCAUCUAUUGUUCACGAACAAUGUCGGAGAUCGAGAAGGCUUUAGUCGAGCUGCAAUCUCUGAUGAAGUAUCGCGCCGAACAGUUGGGCUAUGAAGAAGAGUUUCGCGGCCUUGGUCUAACAAGUCGAAAGAACUUGUGCCUUCAUCCCUCUGUCAAAAGGGAAAAAAGUGGCUCGGUUGUUGAUGCACGUUGCAGAAGUUUGACUGCAGGCUUUGUCAAAGAAAAGAAAGAUCGAGGUGAAAAUGUGGAUGUCUGCGUCUAUCACGAUAAUCUUGAUCUCCUUGAACCGCAUAACUUGAUACCCAACGGCGUAUGGUCAUUUGAUGCGCUCCUAAAGUAUGGAGAAGAGCACAAGCAGUGUCCAUAUUUUACUGCACGGCGCAUGAUGCAAUAUUGUAAUGUUGUCAUCUUCUCAUAUCACUAUCUCCUCGAUCCAAAGAUUGCUGAGCGUGUAACGAAAGACUUCUCCAAGGAUUGUAUUGUAGUCUUUGACGAAGCUCACAACAUUGACAACGUCUGCAUCGAGUCACUUAGUACCGACAUCACUGAAGACUCAAUACGCAAAGCUACUCGCAGCGCACAGCACCUAGAGCGACGAAUUGCUGAGAUGAGAGAGACCGAUCAAGAGCAGCUUCAGAAUGAAUACGAAAAGCUUGUUCAAGGGCUUCGGGAAGCUGAUGAGUCAAGGCAGGAAGAUGCCUUCAUGGCCAAUCCAGCUCUGCCCGAUGAUCUUCUGAAAGAAGCUGUUCCUGGAAAUAUCAGGCGAGCCGAGCAUUUUGUAGCCUUUUUGAAAAGAUUUCUUGAAUAUCUCAAGACGAGAAUGAAAGUCCGUCAAGUCAUCUCGGAAACACCAUUAUCAUUUUUGGCUCACUUGAAAGAACAUACUUUCAUCGAGAGGAAGCCGUUGCGAUUUUGUGCCGAACGGUUAACGUCGCUGGUCAGGACCCUUGAGCUUAUGAAUAUUGAAGACUACCAAGCUCUCCAAGAAGUAGCAACAUUCGCUACUCUCGUUGCGACAUAUGAGAAGGGUUUCUUGCUCAUAUUAGAGCCAUACGAAUCCGAUACCGCCGAAGUCCCAAAUCCCACUCUUCACUUUACCUGCCUUGACGCCGCCAUCGCCAUCCGACCUGUAUUUGAAAGGUUCUACUCGGUGAUCAUAACCUCUGGUACUAUCUCGCCACUUGAAAUGUAUCCUAAAAUGCUGGAUUUCGCUACGGUAAUACAAGAGUCAUAUAGUAUGACGCUUGCGCGGAGAUCUUUCCUUCCGAUGAUUGUAACUCGCGGAAGCGACCAGGCUUCGGUCUCAUCCAGCUUUCAGGUUCGAAAUGAACCCAGUGUUGUUCGAAACUACGGCAAUCUCCUCACAGAAUUUGCCAAAAUUACCCCUGACGGCCUGGUUGUCUUCUUCCCGUCAUAUCUAUACAUGGAAUCCAUCAUUAGCAUGUGGCAGGGCAUGGGCAUUCUCGACGAGGUUUGGAAGUAUAAACUGAUCCUGGUGGAAACUCCCGAUGCGCAAGAAACAUCACUGGCCCUAGAAACAUACCGAACUGCCUGUUGCAAUGGAAGAGGAGCAAUUCUACUUUGCGUCGCUCGCGGGAAAGUAUCAGAGGGUAUCGAUUUCGAUCACCAAUACGGCCGAACCGUGCUCUGUAUCGGCGUUCCGUUUCAGUACACAGAAUCAAGAAUCCUGAAAGCAAGGCUUGAGUUUUUGCGAGAAACAUAUCGCAUUAAAGAAAACGAUUUCUUGUCCUUUGACGCCAUGCGCCACGCUGCCCAGUGCCUAGGCCGUGUCUUGAGAGGCAAAGACGACUAUGGAGUCAUGGUGCUGGCCGAUCGACGUUUCCAGAAGAAGAGGAGCCAGCUACCUAAAUGGAUCAACCAGGGCUUGUCGGAUGCCGAUACGAAUCUGAGUACCGAUAUGGCGGUUAGUAGUGCUCGACGAUUUUUGAAGACAAUGGCGCAACCAUUCCGGAGUAAAGACCAGGAAGGCAUCAGUACCUGGGGGUACGAAGACCUGUUGCAACACCAGAGAAAGGUGGAAGAAGAAAGGGGGGAUGAACCCCCUCCGGCCAUGGCAAAUUCACGAGCAGCCGCUAAUGAAAACAUGACUACUACGUAUGAAUCUGAUUAUGAAGACAUUGAUCAAGAAAUGAUGGAGUUGGAAGGCUUCUAA